GCGUUGGCGCCCUCGGUAAGUGCUCUGAGCCCUGCGUCGCUGCAGUGCACUCGAGACCAUGGGGAAGCUGGUGCUGCUGACCCUGCUGGGGGCCGGCCUGGCCCUAAUCGGGGAGAGAUUAGUGGCAAUAAGACAAAGAACUAAUGCAUCUCGAGAAGUGGAGCCAGUAGAACCCCAGAACUGCCACCUUGUUGAGGGACUUGGAUAUGGCUCUGAAGAUAUUGAUGUACUUCCUAGUGGGCUGGCUUUUAUCUCCAGUGGGUUAAAAUAUCCAGGCAUGGUAAACUUUGGACCAGAUGAGCCAGGACAAAUCUUCUUGAUGGAUCUGAAUGAGCAAAACCCAAGGGCCCAGGUGCUAAACAUUAGUGAUUCUUUUGACAAAGCAUCAUUUAAUCCACAUGGAAUCAGUACUUUCAUGGACAAAGACCACACUGUGUAUCUUUAUGUUGUGAAUCAUCCCAACAUGAAGUCCACUGUGGAGAUAUUUAAAUUUGAGGAACGACAACGUUCCCUGGUACACCUGAAAACCAUACAACACAAACUUCUCAUAAGUGUGAAUGACAUUGUGGUCGUGGGACCAGAACAGUUCUAUGCCACCAGAGACCACUAUUUUACCAACUUCUUCUUGACGCUAUUUGAGAUGGCCAUGGAGCUUCACUGGACUUAUGUUCUUUUCUAUAGUCCAAGAGAGGUCAAAGUGGUGGCCAAAGGAUUUAGUUCUGCCAAUGGGAUCACAAUCUCAUUAGACAAGAAGUAUAUCUAUGUAGCUGAUAUAUUGGAUAAGAACAUCCACGUACUGAAAAAACAUGAUAACUGGGAUUUAACUCCACUGAAGAUAAUGCAAUUGGGGACCUUAGUGGAUAACUUGACCAUCGAUCCUGACACGGGAGAUAUUUUGGCAGGAUGCCAUCCAAACGCCAUGAAGCUGCUGAACUAUAACCCUGAGGAUCCUCCAGGGUCAGAAGUACUUCGCAUCCACAAUGUUUUGUCUGAGCAGCCCAGUAUAAGUACCGAGUAUGCCAAUAAUGGCUCUGUGCUUCAGGGCAGCAGUGUGGCUGUUGUGUACCACGGGAAACUUCUCAUAGGCACCGUAUUUCACAAAACUCUGUACUGUGUGCUCUAAACUCCAGACAUCCCCAAAAGUCUGCAUGUCUGGUAAAAGUAAACCCCUAAUUAUAUAAGUGGAACUGUAAGUAAAUGACAGACACCAACAAAGUGCAUCUGGCUUUUCUCAUGGAUAGAAGUAAAGAAGCAGAGAGAUUACAUGAUAGGCACCAAAUUGCAAGUCGUUAGUGACAGCCCAACACAAAGCCAAACCUCUCAAUUCUUUUUGUAUAGCACCCCCAAUAUUCUUUCUACAGUAAUCUGUGUGAGCUGUGGCAAGUGAGGUGUCCAGCUCACCUAGGGCUCCUUGAGAACUGUGUGGGAAAAUUACCUCCUACAUCUGUGGUGUUCUGAGCCUCCUGCAAUCCAUACCAGGAGAAAAGCUAAUGUUUCAAUAUUUACAAUUCCCUUCUGUUCAUCUAAUUGUGGUAGGCACAAAUGGCCAAUCAAGAGCCCAGCCCAUGGACAAAUGCAAGAAUUGACAUCUUGAGACCUACUCUUUAAACUUGCAUUCUCCCCAGUACAGACACGCAGGAAAUCAGGUUCUGAAAAAUCUGACGGAGACAAGCCUCACUUAGAGCAGGGCAGGGUUCAUUCGUUCCUUUGUAAUAGAUCUUAAUGUAUUGAUAUCUGUAUCUGAAGUAUGUAAUCAACUUGGCUCUGAACUAUGAGAUGGGGUCUCAGGUCUGUUACCUUCAAUUGCUUUAAUCUUUCUCUUCUGGUUAAUUCAAUAAACACUCAUCAAGCAACAUCCCAUAAACUUGGCCCUAAGAAAUCCGAAAUAAAUAACAUGGGUCUGGCUUGAAUUCCUGUCUAAACCUUAGUUUGAGGAGAAAAAAUAGAAGUGUCCCUUUCUCGGUCAAAAACCAAGACAACAUUUAGAAAAUCAUUGAUGGAAAUCAGUAUAGCCAAGUGCCCCGCCCCCUUCCCUUUUUGUGACUUUUAUUGGGCAGUGGUUGGUUGAUUUUUUUUUCCUCUUCUGGAGAGGCCUUUUUAUUUCCUAAAGAAUUUUGCUCAGUUAGAUGUAAGUUUUGCUGAAAAGUUUUGUAGCAGGGUGAAAUUCUACUUUUUAGGCCAUGUAACCCCUUUUCUGAUUUAGACAGUAAGAUUGUAGUUUGCAUUGCUUCAGGGGAAGAAUGUCUCGGCAGAAUGUUAUAGUCAGUUCUCCGAUUUUAAGUUUCAAAAGCCUAACCAUGGGGGGGACACAGAAAGAAAUAACUAAAAGCAGGUAUAAUAGUCUUGUUUUUCUGUCCCUAACCCUUACACCUACUAGAUUAGACAAAGUUUACCAAACUAGAGAGAACGCGAAGAGCCAGAGAUUGAAAGUCUAAGGGCCUUUAGGUGCUGGUGGGUCCCUGAGAAUUGGCCCUGCCCUGCAUUCUCCCCAGGCCAAACUAGGGAAGGCUGGAUGAUAAAGCUCCCGGAGAGAUUUGGGGGAUCUGAUUGCUGAGAGACCAAUGUGUCCUUUCACAGGGAGGGCCACAGGCUCUGGGCUUCACGUUCGUAUAGGCACUCCAAAUCCUUACGUGAUUAUCUUGAGCCCCUUCCCUCACUUGGCUUGGGAAAGCGAGGGAUUGUUAUGGAACCAAAGUAAGUCUACUUCUUGGUAAGUUAAAAUCAGAACCUUCACCAGUAGUUAUCACACAAAGUAAAGUUUAUUUCCUGCAAAGAAGGAGCUCACAGGGAAUUAUUUCCCAAAGCCAUGGCUUUCCAAGCAUGGGAAAGCAGGGGCGUUUUAUUUUGGUUGGGAAUGAAUAGUCAAAAGGGAGAGAUGGGUAUUCGCUUGCACAGGCUCAGGCUUCCACAUAUAUCGCAUAUUAUGGUAAUAACGCUUAGCCUGCUUCUGGGACAGAGAUUUUAGUAUUAAAAUGAAGGGCAGCUUUGGGCCCUCACUUGGUUCAGCUGUGCAGGUGCUGCUCUCGGGGUGGGGCUUCUCUGGUUCAGAGUGAUUGGUGAGUGCAUCUCUUAACAAAAAACGAUUUGGUGAAACAGUUAAAAGCUCUGAAACCUCCCUUGAGUUCCUUGGGGCAAUUAGUCGCUGACAGGAUUGCCCCUCACAAUAAAUGCUGCCUUUUGCCGA